AGCCAGUUGCCCGCCGCCGCGCUGCCUCUUGUUUGUUUACAUCCGCUAUAAUAAGUGACGUUCACCUUCGAAUAUCGAACAUACACAGUGUGAGCAGUGAAGUGUGCUAAGAUAAAUUUAAAUUAGGAACGUAAUGAGUAAUGACGAACGCGGACGUGGCAAUUGAAGGCAUUGUCACUUAACUCUGUAGGUAUUUGUUAGCACAAAAGUUGCACAGUCCACUGCAUAACGCAACCGAUAGUGAAGGUUGAAUUGUGACGAGAAAAUUUUUGUAAAUAAAGAGGAGUCUCUACAAAAGUUUUUAGAACGUGUUUCAAAUUACCUCCGUUAUGAGACAAUGCCUUCGAUAGUUAAAGUGGUUUAAAGUGUAACAAUAAAAACUAUGAAAGAUCCGCCUCGGUGUGAAGAUGUGGCGGACAAGUUAGUGAGGUUGUUCGGGUGGAGGCAGACUUAUCCGGUCCAGAAGUUGCAAAAGAAUUUGUUGCCCAAAGUCAAUGAAACGGGCCCGGAGACAUGGGUGGGCGUGCGGGCUCUUCGCGCCAGCUCGGGGGGUAUCCUGGACCCCGACGACCGCGUGCGCGACGUGGCGGAUGACCGCGAGACCCUGACCGCGGAGUGCACCAACCAAGCGCCCGCCAGACCCGCGCCGGCAGAUGGCGCCAGCGGCUCCUCUGCUGGCACCGCCUCCCCUGACAUGUUUCGGGGAGGCGGCGGCGUUGGUGGCAGCAUGCGUGUGCCCAACUCGGACUCCUGCGUGGAAGUGGGCAUCGCGCAGCUCGAGGACGGCAUCAGCAGGCUGCAGGUGCGGCGCGGCAGCGAGCCCACGCUGCACCAGGACACCUUGCCUCCGCAGCGACAGGUCACAGACCAGACGAAGCGCUGGUCAGCGGCGGUGGUGUGUCGCGACGACGGCGUGGGCAGUCGCGCGCCGCACAAGGCGCACCCGCUGGACGGCCGCGCGCCCGACCCGACGCCCGACAGGCACGCCCAGCACUUCCAGCGACAGUCCAACCGCUUGUCCAUGCAGUUCUCCGGACCAGGAAGUGGAGUAUGGCUCGAUGCUGCCGACAAAGUCCAAAUAUACGGCAGCAAAAGUCUUCCCAGAGACGCCAGAAAGGAACCCUUAGGACAAGAUACGCCAUCAAGCAAUGAUCUCAAUCGAGUGGAAGACAUGCACCGUUGGGUAUCGGGAGUCAACAACGUAGCCAACGUGCAUCCAGUGCAGGAGAGGCAGCUUGAUCUGUUACCGUCAGGUAACAGCGAGCGCGCAGUGUCAGGCAUGGAGGUGCCUGUCAGCCCCAGCAGCAAGGUGCCGUCGGGCGCGGUGACCACUGUCCCGGUGACGCUGGUGAAGGGGGAGAAGGGGCUCGGCUUCACCAUCACCACGAGGGACAACCCCACCGGAGGACAUUGUCCUAUCUACAUUAAGAAUAUUUUGCCAAAGGGUGCUGCAGUGACAGACGGUCGGCUGCGCGCCGGCGACCGGCUGGUGUCGGUCAACAAGGUGCCAGUCGCGGGGCUCACUCAGCAGCAAGUGGUCACGCUGCUGCGCAACACGCCCACAGACGCCGCCGUCGACAUUGUCAUAGAACGAACACAUCCACAUAGGACGCAGAGGGUAGAACCACAACAAAGUCCAACCAAGUAUGUGGAGAAGUCAAUCGGCCCUACACCCAUCACACAAGCGAAGCCAACUGAAGCUAACAAACCCGAGAACGGCCGCGUGUCCAGCAUAGUGAACGCGAUCAACCAGAGCAACCCCACCAACAACUCUGUAAGGGGUCGCAUACCAAAGAGCUCCUCGAAGGACGACCUGCUGAAGGACCAGUCAAUAGAUACAGCGAUACAGGAAGCGUUAAAUUCGUCUUCUAGUUCGCUACUUGGUUUACGGAAUCGCCUCAUCAUGAGGUUAGACGUACCAGUCCAUGACUCGGAGAAGGCUGGGCUCGGCAUCAGUGUGAAGGGCAAAGUGACUGUUGGGCCGGAUCCUCACGACCUGGGCAUCUUCAUCAAAUCCGUACUACAUGGAGGUGCCGUGUCCAGGGAUGGAAGAUUAAAUACAAACGAUCAGUUGCUAAGUGUGAACGGCGUAUCACUGGUGGGACAAUCCAACGCCGAGGCGAUGGAGACUUUACGGCGAGCGCUGCUGCAUUCAAAACCCAACGUGCACGGCAGUAUAUCGUUGACAAUUGCUAGACGGACUGAUAGUAUGGACAGCUUAGCGAGGUGGAAAGAUGACACACCACCAAACGGCAACGACACGACAAACUCAAACGAAAACAGUAACUCGCAAAACUACAACACAGUCAUAUACAACACGACACACGACAAUGAGAACAAACCGCUAGAUAAUUACAACCAAAAACAUGAAGCCAACAAAAAUGGCUUCGACAAUCCCGAGCUUAGAAGUACGAAGAAACAUGCAUCUAUAAUCACAAUAAACAACAACAACAGUUGGGUUUCAAACCAAUCGGACGAUAGUAAAGGUUAUUUGGAAAGGGACAAAGAUACGAUUCCCCAUGAUAGUAAAAGGGAUAGCUUCGAAUGGAGUCGACUGGACGGAUGGAAUCCUGUGAUCGAUCGGUUGACUGGUCUUCGGAAUGAAAGUUAUUAUAUGGCGACUCAGUUGGACGUGCCGUUGUCGAACGGACACCAUUACCGACCGAAUUUGGGACAUGUGCAUAUGUCGCGGUCGCCGCCAGCUCACCAUAAUGUUAUCAUCGAAGAGGACUAUGGGACGAGAGGCAGCACAGCCGGCGAGUCGGGCAGCGAGAGCGGCGGCGGCGCGUUCAGCAGAGACGCGGUGGGGCGCCGCUCCAUGUCGGAGAAGCGGCACGCGGCGCUCGACGCCAAGGCCACCGGCACCUACCGCAAGAUCAAGGAGACCAAAGCCAUCAACGCCAUGCAAGUCGGGCCUGCGCUGGGGAUGAGGAAGUCAUCGAGCCUAGAAUCUCUUCAAACAGCUAUCCAGGAAACACAAAGGAAGCCGAUCCGGAACGAGCCCAUCUAUGCGAGGGCACACCCACCGUUGAAGCACUGGCUCACGGAUGACAAUGCAGCGCCUGACGUCAUUGUGCGCGGCUCCCCGCAGCAGUCUUCACUCUCACACAAGAAGCCUUCGCUGCUCAAGUCCUUGUCUACUAUGUUCAGGAUCGGCAAGCCGAGCAACAAAAAGACUGAGCCCGAGGCGUACGGGCGCGCGCAGCCGGGCCGCUCGUCCGAGAAGUCCAUAUCGCGCGACCUGCUGGAGAGGCACAACAGGAUCGACGAGCGGAUCGACGAGGCGGAGCCUGCGCUGCCGGCCAGAGAGGAGAGCCGGUCGCAGCGGCAAGGCAGCUCGGAGCGUAUCCUGCGUGCGGAGCGACGCAGCGGUCCGCGCGCCGGACGCACCGCGCCCGCGCCGAUGGCCAUGGACAGCGCUUGGGGCCCGACCGGGCACUACGUCAACUACGAGGAGAUACAGCAGAAUCUGAACGCGCGCCGCGAGAAGCUGAGCGAGGUGCAGAUUGGACAGGUGCGACGCGGCGCGCAUCGGGACCCGCCGCCAGCCGAUGACAGCCGUCGAGCGGGCGCGGCUGGCUACCAUUCCCAGCGCUCAUGCAAGGAGAGCGGCAUACGUCCCCAGUCUAACUACUACGAAUAUGAGAGCGCGCCGCCCCGGCGACCCGGCAAGCUGUCCCACUACCACUGAACACUACCGACCGGUAAUCCUUCCUACCACGGGACUCUACCAACCGGCAAUCCCUCCUACCAAGGAAAACCAGCAACCGGUAAUCCUCCCUACCACGGAACACUACCAACCGGUAGUUCUCCCUACCACGGAACACUACAAAUCGGUAAUCCUCCCUACCAAGGAACUCUACCAACAGGUUAUUCGCAAUACCACAGAACAUUACCGACCGGUAAUCGCUCCUGCCACUGAAGACUACCAACCGGUAAUCGCCAUCGACAUAAUCAUCCAUACAGAUGAACUGAGAUGCGAUUGUUACGAUUGCAAUUGCCUUGCUAUCGGGAUAAUUGUGUGAGUGUGAACCAUGAAAAAUACAACUGUGACGAAUCCAGUGUUGAGAAAUUUCUCACUUUCUAUGAAUGUAUUCUAUACUUAUAAGAAUUGUAAGCUGUCCAAUCGGUAAUGGUUAUUAUCAUCCAUACAUAUAGGCAUAAAUAGAAAAGUGUCUUUUACUUUUUGUGACGUCACAGUGCACGCUCUAAAAUUAUACUUUAUUUUUAACCGACUUCCAAAAAGGAGAAGGUUGUACGUUCGGCUGUAUGUAAAUCAUGUUAACUCCCUAUUGUUUUUUCAUUUAGUAUGGCGCCUUUACAACACUGUUUAACGUCACCAUAAAAUAUGCGCUAUUUGCUUUGAAAAUGGCGUGAAGGUUUAAAAAUGCUUAUACCAGUGAUUUAAGUAAAUGUUAAGUUAUGAACCUGGCGCGUUCACACAUUUAAAAACUGUCUUAUUAUUCGGCCGCUCAGAGAUUGCGUUUUUGACAGGUCGUUUUAAUCUAUUGGGCGGCGGAACUGUAACUGAGAAUAAUCGUCUUUAAUAAGUAUACAAAAGUGAUUCACUGGAAAUUCCCACACAACCAAUUCACGUUAAUAGUUAAGUUUAACUUAUCAUGCAAAUUGAAUAAUAUAUUGUGCUUAUUUGUAUGAAGUAACCUUCAGACAUUCGUCAUAAUGUUAUCUAAAGACCAAUAGAGUUAAUACGACCGCUGUGAUUCAUCUGCCUUUCAAUAGACAUUACAUACUUUUUUUUUUUUUUUUUACAAGUUAGCCCUUGACUACAAUCUCACCUGAUGGUAGUGAUGAUGCAGUCUAAGAUAGAAGCGGGCUAACUUGUUAAGAGGAGGAUGAUAAUCCACACCCCUUUUUUGGUUUCUACACGGCAUCGUACCGGAACGCUAAAUCGCUUGGCGGUACGUCUUUGCCGGUAGGGUGGUAACUAGCCACGGCCGAAGCCUCCCACCAGCCAAAUUAACCGUCCAUAAUAUUAUAAUGGGGAUGAUGACUUUUGAAUAUAUUGAUAUUUAUGAGAAUUCGAGAAUAUUACCUAAUUAAUCUAAUAUAUAAAAAACCAAGAUUGUCUGGAUGUUUACAUAAUAAAUAAGAUUAUAAAAUUUCAAAAUCUACUAAAAUUCUUUUAUCGUAAUUACAUGAAAAUUCAUAUAUUUUUUGCGUGACAUUUUAACAACUAUAAUACUUAACGCGCAAAUAACAAAGAUAUUUGUUAUUUUGUUUGAACGCUCAUACAAAUCUAACGAUCAGCGAAUCAACGACGUCAUUAAUUCGUGCCAUUUUGUGUGGGGCGUUUUUCAGGGAUCCGCGGCAGCGACGGAAAUCUGACCCUUUAAAUCCCUGUAGCUCCGAAAGUAAUGAUCGCAGAUAUCCUGUUACUUAUAGAAAAUUGCUUUACUAUUAGCAUUCUCAAAAUUUAUAUACAAUUUUAAAACUGUCAUCAUCCCUAUUCAAUAUUCAUAUAUUAUAUAAUAUACAUAAAUAAAGACUUGUAUAACGCGUAAUCUUCUUCAGACAUACUGAAACAUGAAAUUUGAAAUAUUUUACUCUUUACAUGUUGGGGUUGCAACAACCCUUAUUCACUCGAGCAAGGGUUACAGGAUUGAUUUUUUGGUUGCUAAAAAUAAUUUAAAUUGGGUUAUGAAUAUUGUAUUGAUUAAUUUAUUAUCACGAGGUGCCAUUUUUAUAUGAUGGUAGUCAGUUUAUAUUAUUUUGUGUAAAUCCUUGUAAUUUUUAAUAUUUUGUUUAAUACUAUUAUUUAACAAUUACAAAUUAUACAGGCGAAGGGAAAUAUUAUGUUCGUUAGAAUUAUCUAUACGCAGUAUAUUUGAAACUGAAACGGAUUUUUUUAUUAGGAUGUUUUGUUAAUAAUUUUUAAAUGACUUACCUCACAAGAGUUUGUAUAAAUAUACAUUUUUUUAUUACAUACAAUUUAAUCUUACACUUCUGCCUCAUUAGUGGGUUGUCCUACGUAGCGUUUUAUUUAUAUUUUAAAUAAUAUGCCACAUAGUAAGCGUUGCGUCGCAGGCGACGUUUCAACGGAUUGACAGACGAAACACGAAGCGAAGGGAGGGUGAUGCGCUGCCCUGUUUGGGCUCCGGUGUUGAUCCGUUGCGACGACGUCACGCAACGCACUAAUGAGGCUUCGCCCUAAGGAUCUUUCUUAAACAUGAACUUGUCGCCUUAACGUAAACUGGUGCUUGGUUAUUUUUGCCGUUUUACAAACACCUUCAAAAUGUACUUUGAUUCAAUGAGACUUUACGUUUAAUAUUAUUUGAAUAUGAUUGUGAUUUGAAGUUAUAUUUAGAGAAGUAUGAAUAAUCACUUGCUUGUCUCUGACGAUUUAUAGUAAUUGAACAUAAAAUUUUAGAAAAAUAAAUUAUUAAAAAUAUGUAACAAAUCCCGUUUAUAAGAUUAAUUUGCUUGCUAAAAUUGUCAUAGUAAAAUCCUUAAAACAGCGUAAACUCUUUAUAACGUUAUUCAUCGUAACAAGAAACUUACCUACUAAACCGCAGAAUUGCGCGGAAUUUGGUUGUUUUACCUUAAAACCGAUUGAAAUAAAAAUUACAAACUCUAUCACGAAGCAUUCUCUAUUAAGAAGGAAUACGUACAUUAUUUAGACGUGGUAUAUAAUUAUUGCUAUUAAUAUGUAUGCUAUAAGACACUGUAAAAUUGUAGAGCCUUUUACAUCGAAUACAUCUAAAAAUACAAUUCAAAAUCAUAAAUUCAUGAAACUAGGAUAAUGCAAAUGGUAAUGUUUUUAUCUCUCAUUUAUUUAUUAGUUCUUUUUUUAUAAUUUUUAACAAUGUCAAUAUAAGUAUAAAUUACAAAACACUAUUAAAAAUUUAUAUCUAAUGUUUUUAUUAUUAAACGCGCGUACAAAAAAUCCAGGUUCGUGAAAAAAUUUGCAACUAUAAAAACUCGUCUAUAAAAAGUUUCAUUUGUUUGAACACAGCAAUCUAACCGAUUAUUAUUAUUAUUGAACGAGUAACAAUUUGCAAAAUCAUCUUCAUUGAUUCUAUAGAUAGUAUUUAAAGGCGAACACAGUUCAAGGUUUAAAGGAUCCUAUUUGCAGAAAAUCCCGAACUUAUUUGCUUUCUAUUGGGAAGCAAAUAAGUUCGAGUUUCAUCACUAUGGACUUCCACUCCUGGACAUAGGGCUCUUGUGAAGUUAAACAAACACAAUACAGCCUCAAUAGCCAAGUGGCACGUCGAUUCUUUUUCUACGGUCGCUAACGCUUCGAAAACUAGAAAGAUGUAUGGGAAUGACAUUUGCUAUCGACAGGUCACGUGGUCAAGAUCUGUUAUUCCCAUAUAUUUUUCUAGUUUUCGAAGCGUUAGCGAUCGUAGAAAGAGAAUCGACGUGCCAGUUGGCUAGGGGGGCAGUUUGGACUGCCAUAGCGGUCCUCUGUUACGUAGAUGAUUUCAUAGAUUUACCCAGUUGGGGGUCGCCAUUUCAAUACAUAUAUACCUGUAUGUAUAUCAUCAUAAAUAUUUUUUAUUUUAAUUGAAAGGCCUAAUCUGCGAAAAGGUAUAUGAUUUAUCAUUUCUAAUACGUUUGUUUUUUUUAAUUCAGUUCUAUAUUAGGUUAUCUAUGAUUGUUAGUCUCCAGCCGUUUAAAAUAUCUUAGGUACGUCAGAAUAUGCAGAAAUACGUUACUUGUACAUAUAAAAUUCUGAAUCCGGGAUAACUUUCCAAUAAUUUAAAUUGGAGGCUGGAGCAUAAUAAACGUGGAAGCAAAUAUCAAAUUGGAGAUAUUUAUAUAUAUAUUCUAAUAUGAAAAAUUGUGAGCCUACUGCAAUUUCUAAAAUCAAAUUAUACUAGGUACUUAGUAAUUUAGUAUACAUAGUAGGUACAUACCUACCUAUACUUAUUUAUAUUAUAACCAGAAAUCAAUUCAAUUAGGUAUGUACUACGUAAGUAGGUAUUUCUACUUGCUUUACAUUUGUCGAAAACCUUACAACGUGGAUUUAAAAUAUAUUCAGUAAGCAAUAUUUAAAAAUUAGGUAUUUUUGGAUGCGUUUAAAAUCUUUUGAUCCAACGUUAUUAUCUUCCAUAAAUCCUUGCCCUGCAUCAGCGGGUCUUUUGUGCUUUAGAAGAGUUUAUUUUUAUCUUAUUUUCCUUAUAUUUACAAAACGUCGUCCUUUUACAAGUGAUUUGUAAAUAUCCCUUAUAUUUUAAGCAAAUUACCUCUUAAUACGGUAGGUAUUACAUACAUUCCUACUUAAAUUCCGUGCGUAAGUUAUAAAACAAAGAAGCUUUAAAGUAUAGUAAUAGUUUAUAGUAAGCUAAGUUGUAUCAGUAGUAAAUACAUUUGUUAAAAUGUUAAAAUAAACCGACUGACUUAAGAUAUCCAAUUUGUCUAAGUUUUUUUUUGUCUCGAUUCGAUAAUACAUAAACUAAUCAAUAUUACUUAUUCCGUUAUCAAUCAAUAAGAUUUUCAUCGUUAUACGUUAGUUAUUUCUUAUCAUUGUGAUAUUUACUUUGUAGUUGAUCGAGAUGUUAAAUACAGGUUCAUUAGGCCGCGUAUACAUAUGUGCCAUCCGUCACUCGACGCCAUUUGUAAAGCUUUGCCACACAUAGAUACUAUACAUACUGGUACUAUACAUUAAUCAGAAAGACGAAGGCAAUGUGCCCGGGAAAGUACUUACAUUACUUCAAGUAUUACUACCAUUAAUCAUAGCUGUUCUUUAAGCUUAGCUCUGUCAGUUGGACAUAUAUAGUUACCGGUAUAUUAUGAUGGGAUUUGUUUAGAUAUGUACUUCGUUAACUAAAAAUAAACACCUCUUUUACGGAUUAUCUUGAUUAGAGACUGCAAACGCAGUUUCUUUGAUUGGAAACCUAAACACCACUUUUGCUUUUGCUACACCACCUAAACUUAAAAGCUUACUUUGGCUCUGUGUGGCAAUGGCAUCGGCUGGCUUGUGGCAUGGCGUAGAGUGGCGUGUCACACAUGUGCGCGUGCCUUUAUGGUGAUAUAUGAAAAUAAUUGUUAGAAAUAAUAUAGAUUUAGAUAUAAAAUGCUAUGAGUUUGUCUUGUAAAUAGAAAUGAAUGUAUUCAGAAUUAUGUUAUACCAUGUGACUUGUAUUAAUGUUAUAAUGAGAACAAAAUGUUAAUUAAUUGUUUUGCAAAUAUGUGUUUGCAACUUAUGAGUGCCUAUACCUGCUCUUGUAAAUAGGGAAAUCAUUUGAAGGUAUAAUUUUUGUAUAAUUUUUUAGAGAUAUUGUAAUCUAUGCGAUCGGCCAUCUGUACCUUAAAUAAAUAAGUAUUAUCUCUG